AUGGAGAUAUUUUCCUUGGACGACUUUUCGGUAUCUGCAGCCCUCUUGGGCUUGACUGUGGUCGGAACCUCCAUGGCGAUUGUUUGGUUCACGGUGAAAAGGAACCAAAUGGCCCAAAAGGCGGAAACCUCGCCGUUUCCUGGACUCCCUACAGCACCUGGUGCUCAUUGGCUGCUAGGGCACCUUCCCCGAAUGGAGCAACCAAAUGGAUUUCUUGGGAGCAAGUAUGUCUUUCAAGACUACGCAGACAAGACAACAGGACUUUGUGCUGUUUGGGCUGCCAAUAAACGAGCCUUGUCAGUCCUAAGUGGCAACGAUGCCAAGACAAUUCUAAAGGCAAGUCGCACCAAAGCUUCACACAGUUAUGUCACUUUGCAUUUCCAAAAGUUUCUGGGAAAGAAAAACAUGGUCACUCUGCAAGGCAAGGAAUGGAAACUCUACCGAACAGCCGUCCACAAGUCCUUUACGCCAGCCAUGAUGGAACAGUCUCAAAAUAUCAUCACAACGGUUGGAAAGACUCUGGCAGAAUCGCUCCUGAAGGAAAUCCACCAGAAGCAAGAAGAAAAACAUACUAGUAAUAUGAAAAGGGAAAUUCACCCGUUGAUGAAAAUGGCCACUGCAGAUGUUUUUUUUGCCACAAUGCUGGGGGUGGACCUUCAGGCUUGCUCACAUUUGGAAUUGCCGACCAUGGCAACAUCCUUCGAGUUUUUGGCUAGUGAAUUCUCUCGGCGAAUUCGCUCGCCUCUGGAUAUCACAGCAUCACAAUACUACUUGCCCACCAAGGCAAACCAGAAGCAUGCGGAGCACCACCGCGCCAUCCAAUCGUAUAUAAUGGACCAAUUAUUGACGCAGCAAAAGCAAACAUCUUCCAGCAACGAUAAGGAUUUCCUGGAGAACAACCAGAACAAGAACAACAAUCUACUCUAUCACAUUUGGAAGGCUGCCGAGUCAGAAGCCGCUACAGUUGGAGAGACUGUGGACAUGGAAGCUGUCUGUGAUGUUGCCAUGACUCUAUUCUUUGCAGGAUAUGACACUACGAGUAUCACUCUAGCGUAUGCAAUCUAUUUGUUGGUCAAACAUCCUGAGAUCUAUCGAAACUGCCUAGAAGAGAUUGACGCUGUGCUUGGUGGAACUGAAAAAGACUUUACUGGACCUGAGCAACUGCCGUACACACAAGCUGUCAUUUAUGAGACGCUACGCCUAUAUCCCCCUGCCACUUUGGUUGCUCGGGCAUUGGAGAAGGACAUGGAACUCCAUGGGCAUACCUUUCCCAAGGGAACUUCAUGCUAUGUUCCCAUCUGGCUGAUUCAGAGACAUGAAAUGAACUUUCCUCGCCCCUUGGAGAUGCGGCCGGAUCGAUGGGUGCGGUGGCAACAAGCUCCUACAGACAACGAGAGCAAUGCCACCAGCAGUACCCGCAAAAGCAAAUGGGAAGAGCGACCACCAGAUGAUGACGACAACCUUGCAACGGAUAUUGCACCCGCAAAUCAGGAUGCCUUUGUGGCAUUCUCCCUGGGGGCGCGUAAUUGUGCGGGGCGCAGUUUGGCCAUCAGAGAAUCUGUCACAAUACUCUCCUGCUUACUCCACAAACUUCAGUUUGAAUUGGUUGAUCCAUCCUACCAAGUUCAUUCCAUAGUGAAACUGCUCAAUCAACCUGAUGAUGGACUGCCCAUGAUCAUCAAAGCUCGAAGGUGA